CGGGAGCGGCAGCGGGAGUGGGAGCAAGCCGAGCGGCGCCGUCCACCAUGCCGUCGUCGGGCGGGAGCGCGAUCCAGAUCCCGAGCCGCCUGCCGCUGCUGCUGACGCCCGAGGCGGUGCUGCUGCCGGGCUCCACCAUGCGCGCCAGCGUGGACUCGCCGCGGAACAUGCAGCUGGUGCGGACGCGGCUGCUGAAGGGCACGUCGCUCAAGAGCACCAUCCUCGGCGUCAUCCCCGACACCGGCGACCCGGCCAGCGACCUCGAGCCGCUGCCGCCGCUCCACAGGAUUGGCACUGCUGCCCUGGCCGUUCAGGUGGUUGGCAGCAACUGGCCGAAGCCGCAUUAUACUUUGCUGAUCACAGGCCUCUGCAGAUUCCAGAUUUUGCAGCUGGUGAAGGAGAAGCCCUACCCUGUUGCUGAUGUCGAACAGCUGGACCGGCUGGAACAAUUUACGAACAAGUCUGCUUCUGAUGAGGAACUUGGAGAGCUGUCAGAGCAGUUCUACAAAUAUGCAGUUCAGCUGGUUGAGAUGCUGGAUAUGUCAAUCCCUGCAGUGGUUAAACUGAGGCGCCUGUUGGACAAUCUGCCUAGGGAAGCAUUGCCAGAUAUAUUAACGUCAAUCAUCCGCACCAGCAACCAGGAGAAGCUUCAGAUUUUAGAUGCUGUCGGCUUGGAGGACCGAUUCAAGAUGACCAUUCCGUUGCUUGUCAGACAGAUCGAAGGUCUAAAGCUCCUUCAGAAAACUAGAAAGCACAAACAGGACGACGACAAAAGGGUGGUUGCUAUACGUCCCAUUCGAAGGAUUGCUCACAUCCCAGGCUCUGCUGAAGAUGAGGAAGACGAUGAAGAUCACGAUGACAUUGUUAUCCUUGAAAAGAAAAUCCGAGCCUCCAGUAUGCCAGAACAAGCUCUAAAAGUUUGUGUAAAAGAAGUUAAGAGGUUAAAGAAGAUGCCUCAGUCAAUGCCAGAAUAUGCCUUAACCCGAAAUUAUUUGGAGCUGAUGGUGGAGCUGCCAUGGAGCAAAAGUACUAAAGAUCACCUGGAUAUCCGUGCAGCAAGAAUUCUUCUGGACAAUGACCAUUAUGCUAUGGAGAAAUUGAAGAAGAGAGUGCUGGAGUAUUUGGCAGUCAGACAACUUAAGAACAACUUGAAAGGGCCCAUCCUUUGCUUUGUGGGUCCCCCUGGGGUUGGAAAAACAAGUGUGGGGAGAUCCGUAGCAAAGACGUUGGGGCGAGAAUUUCACCGGAUUGCCUUGGGUGGAGUGUGUGACCAAUCGGACAUCCGAGGGCACAGGCGCACCUAUGUUGGCAGCAUGCCUGGACGAAUCAUCAAUGGCUUGAAGACCGUUGGUGUUAACAAUCCGGUGUUCCUGCUGGAUGAGGUUGACAAACUUGGAAAGAGCCUGCAGGGGGAUCCAGCGGCUGCUCUGCUGGAGGUCUUGGAUCCUGAGCAAAACCACAGCUUCACAGACCAUUAUUUGAAUGUAGCCUUUGACUUGUCCCAAGUCCUUUUCAUCGCCACUGCCAACACUACCGCCACCAUCCCACCUGCUUUGCUGGACAGAAUGGAGAUCAUUCAGGUCCCAGGAUACACACAAGAGGAGAAGAUAGAAAUCGCACACCGGCAUUUGAUCCCAAAGCAGUUGGAGCAACAUGGACUGACUCCCCAGCAGCUUCAGAUUCCUCAGGAAGCAACCCUGGCAAUCAUCACCCGAUACACCCGGGAGGCAGGAGUUCGCUCUUUGGAUCGCAAAUUUGGAGCCAUUUGCCGAGCGGUUGCCGUGAAAGUGGCAGAAGGCCAGCACAAGGAGACAAAGCCAGAUCGCUCCGAAGCGACAGAAGGAGGAGAGAGCAGAGAGCAUAUCACAGAAGAAACAAAACCAGAUCCCAUCAGUGACACGUCUGACCUGGCUCUGCCACCUGAAAUGCCCAUUUUAAUUGACUUCCAUGCCUUGAAAGACAUCCUUGGACCACCAAUGUAUGAACUGGAGGUGUCUGAGCGGCUGAAUCAACCAGGUGUAGCAAUUGGCUUGGCUUGGACUCCCUUAGGUGGGGAGAUCAUGUUUGUCGAAGCGAGCCGCAUGGAUGGGGAAGGCCAGCUGACUCUGACUGGGCAGCUGGGUGAUGUCAUGAAGGAGUCGGCGCAUCUUGCCAUCAGCUGGCUGCGCAGCAAUGCAAAGAAAUACCAGCUGACAAAUGCUUCUGGAAGUUUUGAUCUCCUUGACAACACAGACAUCCAUCUGCACUUCCCAGCUGGAGCUGUCACAAAAGAUGGACCAUCUGCUGGUGUUACCAUAGUAACCUGCCUUGCCUCACUUUUCAGUGGGCGGCUCGUGCGUUCAGAUGUAGCCAUGACUGGAGAAAUUACACUAAGAGGCCUUGUUCUCCCAGUGGGAGGAAUUAAGGACAAAGUCCUAGCAGCACACAGAGCUGGUCUGAAGAGAAUUAUCAUUCCUCAAAGAAAUGAGAAGGAUCUUGAGGAGAUUGCAGCAAAUGUACGGCAAGAUCUGAAUUUUGUGAUGACAAGCUGCCUGGAUGAAGUUCUUAACGCAGCUUUUGAUGGGGGAUUUUCAGCGAAGACCAGACUUGAUCACUUCAACAGUAAACUCUAAGCAGAUUGACUGAACUUGUUCAAGGAGCAAAAUACAAAGCCGAUGUUCAUCUAGCGGACUGUAAAAAUGUUAGAGAGCAUCAAAUGGUAGAACUGGAAUACUGAUAUUGGCCAUCUGAUUUAUUGCUUCUGUUUCUUUUAAGGGGGAAAGGACUAUUCCUUUUCUGGGACUAUUACAAAGCUGCUGCACAUUCUUCUUACUGGUCCUUGCAUGCAUGAGUGGGAAGCAGUUUGCCAAGAUAAAUAUGAAUACUAAGCUCUUAAUGAUAGUUAUUCCCCAGUGCUAUUAAGGAGCAGACGUGCACAGGAACAGAAUAGUAAUAUCCAAUCACGUGCACCUCUAUGACACCUCUCAUCUGUUUAAAUUUUAUGUGGGUCUGAGAUUUGUUUUUUAAACAGCCUGAUGUGAAUGUUGAGAUUUAGCUUGCUUGAAUAUCAGGGCUGCAGUUACAUUGUCAUUGUCGCCAAGGCCGUCUUGGUGAUUUAUUGUUUUUUAUCCUAAAGAAGGGUACACAAAUGAACUAGUGCAGGCUUUGCACAGAAGUAGUUGAGUGAGGGCCCUUAGGUUUUGGGGCUUUAUCCCUCCAAGCAGAAUUAGGGUUGGAGCCCUAAGAGAUGGUAGUAUCAGCUACUUCCUUCCAACAAGGGCAAUCUGAAAACAUCUUGUAGUGCAGGGAAACAUCAUUCAUGCUGGGAUAUGAAAGAUCCAGAGACCAUUGCCAAGUGUCCAGGAUUAGGGAAUAGCAGGUUAUACGCCAGUGGGAAAUAGAACUUGCUACUUCCAUGCUAUAAGCAGAUCUGGCUGAUUUGAUGUAAUGCUGUAUAGGUUCCAAAUAAAAUACUCAUUCUAUUAUAAAA